AAAGGUUCUUUUUCACAUAAGAAAAUAUCUGCGUCAAUCUGCAGCAAAGAAAGAACAUUCCAGCACAAAAUUAAAUUGAGCAUGUAGAAAAGAGGAAGAAAGAAUAAAAGAGACAGAGGGAGAUCUAAGGUCGACAAUGGCGAAAUCAAACACCGAUAAACCGCUCAGAAAAAUCGCAGAAGCAUUCAAUGAACUGGCCGCCACCGUCAAUUCACAGACCGCCGAUGUCGAGCUGGCGCCAUUCUCUCACGCCUCUUCUCUCGUCUCUCCUCUCUUUGGCUGCUUAGGAAUCGCCUUUAAGUUCGCCGAAAUGGAUUACGUCGCCAAGGUUGAUAAUCUUGCAGUGGCAUCAAAGUCGAUAAUGACAUUGCAAGCUUUGCUUGAUCAUGAUAUAAAGGGGAACUGUGUGCGGAAAGCUGGUAGUAACACUAGAAAUCUUUUGAGGGUGAAGCGUGGACUCGACAUGGUUAGGGUUCUUUUUGAACAAAUCAUAGCUACAGAGGGCAAUUCCUUAAAAGAUCCAGCUUCCAAAGCGUAUGAACAAGUAUUGGCUCCCCAUCAUGGAUGGGCUAUAAGGAAAGCUGUUGCUGCAGGGAUGUAUGCCCUUCCAACCAAAGCACAACUGUUAAAAAAGCUCAAUGAAGAUGAGGCGUCAGCGAGGAUUCAAAUGCAGAAUUACAUUACUGCAUCUGCUCCAGUCAUUGUGUACGUCGACAAACUCUUCAUUUCACGAGAGUUGGGUAUAGAUUGGUAAAACAUGGAUUUUAUCUUCACAUACUCCUCUUUCAAGUGCACUGGAUGUAGAUUGGUAAAAUAUGUAUUUCAUUUAUAUAUUAAUAUUUAUUGUGAUAAUCUUUUCUCACUUUAACACUGAAAUUAAACUUCAGCCUCGUGGAAUCAUACGACUCUUUUAAACUCUUGUAUAUUGGAAUAAACACCAUUGUUAACACUUGAACUUGAUUCGCGUCGAGUCUCCAGUGCUUGUUAUGGUGGAUUCCUGUUGGUCAGUGUUAUUGUAA